GAAGAUCCCUCGGGAUCUCACUGAGGCUUCGUUCUCCGGUGCGAGUCUCUCGAUCGUAGCCGCGACGACCAUGAUCUUCCUCUUUGUCGCGGAGCUUAACAGCUUUCUUAAAGUCUCCACCACGACGCAAGUCAUCGUCGAUCAGAGCCAAAACGGCGAGCUGCUUCGGAUAAACUUCAACUUCAGUUUCCCAGCGCUGUCGUGUGAGUUCGCGUCAGUCGACGUCACCGACGUGCUCGGAACUGCGCGAUACAACCUGAGCAAGACUGUCCGCAAGUAUCCCAUCGACGCGGCGGGCAACUGGGUGGGGCCGGAGCACCACCCGGACCCGCUGCCCGUGCCGGAGAAGCACGGGGAGGACAGCAACGAGACGACGGAGGAGGUGCACCAGAAGAUGGCGGAGGACGGGCAUGAGUAUGUGGGCUCACUCGUGCUCAACAAGGACAACUUCGAACACUUUGCUCACGAGUACCAGAUCCUCGUGGUCAACUUCUUCGCCCCCUGGUGCCCCUGGUGCCAGAGACUGGAGCCUGCAUGGGAGAAGGCUGCCACUGUCCUCAAUCGCAAGUACCAUCCCGAUUACGAUGGUCGCAUUCGCUUCGCCAAGAUCGACUGCACCAUCUACCAGGACGUGUGCCGAGACAAUCACAUUCAGGGCUUCCCGUCCAUCCGGAUCUACCGCAAGGGCAUGGACAUGCGCAUGCAUGGAGAGCACGGGGAGCAUGACCACGAGUCGUACUAUGGCGAGCGAGAUGCCGAGUCACUUGUUGCGUUCGCGGAGUCACUGGUGCCAUCGGCCACGGUGGGGCGUCCCACAGCAGCGGAGGACAGCCACCAGCACGUCAAGCGCCGCGCUCCUGCCUCUGGCGGGUGCAACAUCGAGGGCUUUGUGCUCGUCAAGAAGGUGCCGGGGAAUCUGAUGAUAACGGCUCACUCCACGGCGCACUCGUUUGACGCCGCAACGAUGAACAUGACGCACUCCAUUCACCGCUUCUCCUUCGGCCGCCAGCUCACCCGCCGCAAGCAGGAGCUGGUGGCGCGGCUGCGUCCUUAUGUACCCGCCCCUGUGGGGCGGCUGGAAGGGCAUUCCUUCCACUCCAACCAUGACAACGUGACUCACGAGCACUUUAUGCAGAUAGUGUUGACGGAGGUGCAUCCCUUGGGAGUAUCCCGCAAGGAAAGCUCGCUGCACUCAUAUGACUACACCGCGCACAGCCACACGCUGCAGGCGCCCUCCGUGCCCGUCUCGCGCUUCCACUAUGAGCUCUCGCCCAUGCAGGUUCUCAUUGUGGAGACAAGGCGUCCUUUCUUCCACUUCAUCACGAACCUCUGUGCUAUCAUUGGUGGUGUCUUCACGGUUGCUGGCAUAAUUGAUGGAAUGUUCCACAAUGCACUUAGCAUGUUAAAGAAGGUGGAGCUUGUGAACGUUCAGUCCCUCCUCUUCGACCUCUCCCUGAUCGUCGUAACCGCUCCUGAUUUUAUUGCAGACGCAACCUCAAUACCCUUGUUGUUGGUUAGUCGCCGCGAUAUGGCCGCCUUAGGGGUGUCAGGCGCCGUCAGGACGCCUGUCGCGUCGCCUGCCGCGUCGCUCCGUUCCGACUCGCGUGCAUCGGCUGGCCGCGUGGGGUUCUCUCAGGGGUCGCUGCUCCAGGGUCAGAGGCUUGCGAUUUUGCAGCGGAGCUGCGAAGGUCGCGAGCGUGUCGCGAGAGGUGUCGCACGCGCUGCGAUGAGGGACGUCCCGAAGCAGUUUCAGGAGAGGCACUUGAAGGAAGGAUUGAUGGAGAAUUUUCGCAACGUGCCGGCGUCGCUGUAUGGCUUGAACUCCACGCAGAUGAGCAUGCUCAUGACGGAGGACAGCCCUGUAUCGCGGAUAUCGCAAUCCGUUACCGAGGCGAGCAUCUCGUCCGCGGCGCACUACCGCAACGGCACGGGCAUGUGGUCGCUGCCGGGCCUAGAGAACUCCGCGGCGCGGCUGAGCAUGAGCGUCAGCAUGUACCGCGGGCUGGGCGGCAACGGCCGCCCCAAGACCGCGCCGCCCGACCUGCCGUCGCUGCUGCUGGACGCGCGCAUCUGCUACCUGGGCAUGCCCAUCGUCCCAGCCGUCACAGAGCUGAUAGUGGCGGAGCUGCUGUGGCUGGACUACGACAACCCAUCCAAACCCAUCUACUUCUACAUCAACUCCUCCGGCACGCAGAACGACAAGCGCGAGAGCGUGGGGUUUGAAACCGAGGCGUAUGCCAUUGCCGAUACCAUGAACUACAUCAAGUCCAAGGUCUACACGGUGAACUGCGGGCAGGCGUUCGGACAGGCUGCCAUGCUGCUGGCGAUUGGGGACAAGGGCCACCGCGCCGUGCAGCCCAACGCCGUCACCAAGCUCUAUGCACCCAGAGCCAGCCAAUCAAGCGGAGCCGCCAUUGACAUGUGGAUCAAGGCCAAGGAGCUUGACGCCAACACGGAUUACUACAUUGAGCUGUUGGCACGCGGCACGGGCAAGUCGAGGGAUGAGCUGUAUCAUGAUAUCAUGCGCCCCAAGUACCUGCGCGGCCAGGAGGCCAUAGACUAUGGCGUGUGCGAUAAGAUCAUCAAGUCGCGCGGCGUGCAGAUGGAGAAGAAGAACUACGAUGAGAUGAUGAUGCAGGCCAAGGCCUCGCGCACGAGGGGUGGCCGUCCCCAGACUGCUGCUCCUGCUGGCGGUGGGGGCGCUCCUCGCUAG